AUGGGAGCCAAGAACCACCCUCCUUUCCCUCGUCGGCGAGGCUCCAACCAAUCCGAAGAUGAUUUCUUCGACAUCCCCGACGAACCAUUCUUUGCCAUCAUCAAACGGCAAUUGAGACACUUCCGAACCUGGGUCUUUUUCGCGCUGCUCUUGAUCUUCAUCCUGUACCUUCGACGCGAAGGACCGCCGCCGCCGCCGCUACCGCACAUUGAUUACGACCGGGUUGACUGGACCCGCUACGCCUACAGCCAGUAUGCGACUUCCAGCGCCUACCUCUGUAACGCCUUGAUGGUUUUCGAAGCCUUGCACCGAUAUGGCAGCCGGGCUCAGAGGGUUUUAUUCUACCCCGAAGACUGGCACGUGCUCGUCGAAAGCGACCGCGAUCGGGACAGCCAACUGCUGAACUUGGCUCGGGACACCUACAAUGUACAAUUGGUACCGAUCGAUGUGCAAAUGAUCAAGGCCGGGGCAGGACCCGACGAGCCGUGGGAUAAAAGCAUUUCCAAACUGCUCGCCUUUGGCGAGACGGAAUUCGACCGCGUGAUCCACCUCGACUCCGACGUGAACCUUCUCCAGUCCAUGGACGAGUUGUUCUUCCUCCCUCCGACCAAGGUGGCGAUGCCGCGCGCGUAUUGGCGACUCCCGGAAGCAAAGCAGCUCUCAUCCCUGCUGAUCGUGAUCGAGCCCUCGUACCGGGAAUUCUCAGCCCUGAUGGACGCGGCCCAGCCCGCCAUUCACGGACAGGUAUAUACGAACUUCACGGGGCCGGACCGAUAUGACAUGGAACUUUUAAACGAGCGAUACGGCGAUUCGGCCCUGGUACUCCCGCACCGGCAGUACGGCUUGAUCACCGGCGAGUUCCGCGCGGAGGAUCACAGGAACUUUUUGGGGAGUGACUAUGAGACCUGGGAUCCGGACAAGGUGCUCGCCGAAGCCAAACUGGUGCACUUUUCUGACUGGCCCCUGCCGAAACCCUGGGUGAUGUGGCCGCAGAAAGUGCUCGCGGAAACGCUGCCCAAGUGCCUUCACAACCCCGGCACGCCUAAGGAAAGUGGAUGUCGCAAUCGAGAGGUGUGGAGAAAGUUCUACGAUGAUUUCCGUCGGAGAAGAAGAGAUAUCUGCAGGCUUCUUAGCUAUCCAGCUCCUGAUGUAGGAGCCGAUUCUGAUUCCGAUUCCCAGACUGAUCAGGAUCCCGUCCCGCAAUGA